AUGGAGACGUUGAAGGACUUCAAGUUCGACGUCUCGUAUCACCCUAGUAAGGCGAAUUUGGUGGCGGACGCCCUGAGCUGUAAAAGGGCUCUUGAAUUUGCAGCCCCACUCAUAGUGAGAGAGUGGGACAUGGUAGAAUUUGUAUGGGACUUCGACAUGAAACUAAUCGUGGAGGAGCCGUACGAGGUCAUAGCCCACAUUCUGGCCCAACCGAUGAUUAACAGUAAGAUCGUUGAAGCCCAAGAGGGCGAUGAGUUAUUGAAGAAGAUGAGAGGAAGAGCAAAGGAUGAUGUAGGGUCCAAGUGGAGGAUCGGUACCGAUGGGGGAUUACUGUACCGAGGCUGCCUUUGUGUCCCAAAUCUUCAGAGACUACGAGAAGAAGUCCUAAAUGCUGCUCACAACUCCAAGUUGGCGAUGCAUCCUGGCAGUACCAAGACGUACCAGGAUUUAAGGCGAAACUAUUAA